CCAUCACUGAUUCAUUCUUACAAAUCCUUAUUCACACUUCUAAUGGGGUUUUUUCUAUUCCUGUUUCUUAUUAUUUCUUUCUUAAUAUCUGUUCGCUUGUUUUUCUAUCGAACCACUUUGAUUUAUCGUUUGAAGAAAUGGGGCCACUGGAUUGAAGAUCGAAUUCAUGUCCAUCAAUCGCUCAAAGUACCUCAACUCAAUGAAAACAACCAGGAGAAUCUGUUUUAUCGCAAGGUUUCUACCUACCUCAAUUCCUUAUCAACCAUUGAAGACUCCGAUUUCACCAACCUCAUUUACGGGAAGAAGCCAAACGGUGUCGUUCUAUGCCUCGAUGAUGAUCAGACCAUUCUAGACACCUUCCUCGGUGCUAGGGUUUCCUGGACAAACAGAGUCGAGAGAAUUGAGGAAAAUGGCCUUUGCAAAAAAACCUUUCUGCUCAAGUUAAAGAAGAAAGAUAAGCGAAGGAUUUUGCAAUCUUAUAUUCAGCAUAUUUACAGAGCUUCAGAAGAUAUCGACUCCAGAUGUAAGGAGCUGAAGCUUUAUAUGAACACGGCGACGCUAUCGGAUGACCACGGGAGCAUAGGACGGUGGAGGUCCGUCCGCUUAACGCAUCCGGCUACCCUCGAGACGAUAGCCAUGGAUUCAGAUCUGAAAAAGAAGGUUAAAUCCGAUUUGGAAGCUUUUCUCAAGUCCAGACAGUACUAUCACCGAUUAGGCCGUGUUUGGAAGCGGAGUUAUCUCCUCUACGGACCUUCUGGUACCGGAAAAUCCAGUUUCAUUGCCGCGAUGGCCAAAUUUCUGUCAUACGAUGUCUACGAUAUUGACCUCUCGAAAGUGGUAGACGAUUCCGAUCUGAAAAUGCUUCUAUUACAAACAAGCAGCAAGUCACUGGUGGUAGUCGAAGAUCUAGAUCGAUUUAUCACAUCAAAUUCGACGACGGUGAGUCUAUCAGGAAUCUUAAACUUCAUGGACGGCAUAUUAAAUUCGUGUUGCGGAGACGAGAAAUUGAUGGUUUUCACGAUGAACAGUAAAGAAAAGAUGGAUCCGGCUGUUCUACGGCCUGGCAGAAUCGAUGUUCAUAUAUAUUUUCCUUUGUGUAAUUUCAAUUCGUUCAAAACAUUAGCGAACAACUGCUUAGGUGUAAAGGAUCACAAAUUGUUUCCUCAAGUGGAAGAGAUCUUCCAGACGGGAGCAACGAUGAGUCCAGCAGAGAUGAGCGAGCUGAUGAUCUGUAACCGUGGGUCCCCAGGGCGAGCUUUACGGUCGGUGAUGACAGCUUUACAGAUCAACGGCGACGGUAGGAAAAGCGUGUUAGCGGCGGAGGAAUCGUCGUCAUCGGUGGCGGAAACAUCUAGCGUGUUGGUGAUGGAUAGCAGCUGUAGCGUGCCUGUUGUGAAAGAGAUUCAGAAGCUGUACGGUCUGCUGAAGAUGAAAAGCAGCAAGAAAAUUGGGCCGUCGGAUCAGUUUUCAGGGUCCAUGGAUCGCCGGUGAUAAUGAUGACGACUAGUUUAGUAAGUAUUGUGUGGGUCCCAUCCCAUUCCCAACCCAACCCAACCCAACCCAAUAUUGUUUUUUAUUUUUUUUUAUUAUUAGGGAAGAAAAAGAAAAGGAAAAGGAAAAAGAAAAUAAUUUGUGAAUUCUUUCUACUUACUUUGUUUUGAUUUGGGAAAUGAUAGAUAUGCACCCCAAAAACAUAC